CUGAGAAAAGCAAGCUUGAAAGUGAAAAAAUGCAUUCACAAAUCGAGCAAACGCGUCAUCAGCUCAAAGAAGAGGCAACUCGUCGUCGCGAAGAGUUGGAGCGCGCUGCACAAUUAUCUGCUGAAGAAAUUCGCGUGAAGGCUCAAGCUGAGUACGAUCGUAUUUUGAUGCAAGCUAGAACGGAUGCUGCUUUAGAAAUCACCAAAGCUCGUGAAACAUUGCGAGAUAGCGUGGCGGUUUUAGCGGUGAAGGGUGCUGAGCAAAUUUUACGACGCGAGGUCAAUCCUUCUGUUCACAAACGUUCAACGGUUGCAAGACCUUAUGCAGAAGCCAUCUUUUCGGUUGCUCAAACAUCAGGAUCGAGUUUAGCCGACUGGGAUCAUUGGAUGCAAAAAUUAGCCUUGGCAACAAAAGUGCCUGUGCUGAUGAGUUUGCUCAACAACCCUGCAAGUGAUACGUCCAAAUUGCAAGGCGUUCUUAGUAGCGUUGCAACGAGUCCAAAUGCAACAGCAGACCAUGUGGUGACUUUGUUGCUGAAAAAUCGUCGUGCAAAUUUGCUGCCCGAAAUUGCUGAACAGUUUAGCGAAUUUCGUGCCAAAGCUGAGUCGGUUUCUGAGGCAAAAAUCUUUAGUCCAUAUCCUGUAGUCGCUGGUCAACUACAACAGUUGCUGCAGUUGUUGGAAGAGAAAUUUGGUCGGAAAUUGCGCCCU